AUGGUGAAUCAAUUUAAAUUAGUAGAGUUUCUUCGUAAAAAGAAAAAGGAGGCAGAAGGGAGUAAAUUAGUAGAGUUUCUUCGUAAAAAGAAAAAGGAGGCAGAAGGGAGAAAAGAAAACGAGGGAUAAAAUAUUUUCUCAAGGAUCAAGGGCUAUAGAUCGAGAAAUAUGAACAAGAGCUCUACCAGAUUAUCUAUCUUAGCCAGGGAGGAUGUGGCUGGCAAACCCGGACACACGCCCUUACAGAAGUGCACUGCCGCAAUCGGCAACCGGCGUAUGGAGGCCCGGCCGACAUGUUCGACGAGUACCUCCACAUUGGCGAGUCGUCAGCCGUCGAGUGUCUGCAGAAUAUUUGCGCGGGCGUUAGAGCGAUAUUCGGGGAUCGCUAUAUUCGGAGUCCAAGUCCUGAAGACUGCCAGCAGCUGAUAAAUAUGCAUGGGUCGUGCACGGGUUCCCGGGAUGUUGGGCAGCAUAGAUUGUAUGCAUUGGGAGUGGAAGAACCGCCCCGCCGCCUGGAAGGGGAUGCACACUUCCGGCUUCAAAGCCAAGCAUCCACGACGAUCCUUGGAAGUUGUAGCUGACUACCGGCUGUGGAUAUGGCAUGCUUAUUUUGGAGUCGCCGGGUCGAACAAUGACAUCAACGUCCUCCAGUCGUCGCCCCUGUUCAACGAUCAGCGCAAUGGCGUUGGUCCCGCCAUCAGUUUCGUCGCCAAUGGCAUCCAGCACAAUAUGGGAUACUAUUUGGCGGAUGGGAUAUACCCAAACUGGCCCGUCUUUGUGAAGACGAUCAAGCAUCCGAUCGGACAAAAGAAGUCCUACUUUGCGAGCCGUCAGGAGGCAGCGCGCAAGGACGUUGAGCGGGCAUUUGGUGUGCUCCAGAGUCGAUGGGCGAUGGUGAAGGGUCCUUCACGGAUGUGGUAUAUUCCCAACAUCGGUGACAUCAUGUAUGCAUGUAUCAUUUUGCACAACAUGAUUGUCGAAAGUAAAGGUGAAGAAUUGACUCAGUGGACCAACGAAGAUGAUACGGGUGCCGGUCCAAGCCACGGCGUGGCCAGCGCGAAUGUGAACAUGGGGGGUACCUCAUGGAGAGGUUGAGCGGUUGCGCGCAUUUGCCGACAUGCGGCAAAGAGAUGCCCAUAUUCGACUUCAGGAGGAUAUCAUCGACGAGGUUUGGACGCGGAGGGAUGGACGUUGUUGUGGUUAAUUUUUUUUUUAUUGACUAUGUAUUUGUUUUUUCGAAUAAUGUAUUUUUUUAAUGAAAUAUUCGCAUUUUCCCGUUCGUAUUCAUGUCGAAAUUUUAAUUCCAUAAAUUUUA